AUGUUGUCAGAUCUUCAAGAACGUAGUUCAGUUCGAGCUUUGAGCUUAGGAAACUUUAAUGCGCUCGCAGUAAAUAAAUCGACGCAGAGUCUGAACUGUGGUCAGUCAGUCUUUGCCCCCGGGAGGAACUGGGUAUUGACUGGAUCGCGCUGGAUUAUCCUGUCCUUCAUGAUCGUAUGCUUGAUCUCAGCCAUCUUCGAUGUUUACCACUGCUCGGUGAUUGUCAACUGCUAUUGGGAUACUCCAGACUGUGAUUUUGUGCCGUAUGAAAUUGUUAUGCUUGUGGGGUCUGUGAUAGUGUCUGUCGUUUUACUAUUGGGAUUUAUCUUGGUGCUCUUUCAGAACGUGGAGACAUUGCGCAGUUACUUGACAGGUCUGCUCUCCUGUAGUUGGCUGCAGCUAAUGAUCAACAUGGUGCUCACACAGACCUAUCCGCUCGUCCACGAAGUCCACUUGAAAUGGGCUAGGGCCGAGGCCCUCACUACCUAUGAGAUAAAGUACAAGUGCUGCGGCGCCCAGGGCCCCGAUGAUUAUCUGCUCGCAUAUGGGGAAUUACCGCGCAGCUGCUUCACCACUGAAAGCCGAACGACCCAUACUCUGCACUCCACGGGCUGUCUCCAUGCGAAUGGAAGGAGCGAGCAUUUCAUUCACUUUCAGCUAGUCACUCCGAUUUUACUGCUAUUGCUCAUCGUUAUGUCGACCGUCUUCUAUUGCUAUCUGAGGCGAAUCAAGGCGCCCAGACGCAGCUGUCAAGAAUUGCGUGCGGAGUGCUUCAUCCUCUAGUGGCAAAUUGAAUUUGCAUUUGGAAGACAAAUUGGAUGGCAUUGAAUUGGGUGGGAAUUUCAAUGGGAAUUGAUAUUGGCAGGGACUUACACUUCUCAUAUUUCACCAGCUCCAAUCAAUAACGAUAAACACUCGAGUGUCUGCCUGGCUGGCUGCUUGAAUCCUUGUUAGCCAUUGUCCGCCCGUGUCCGAGCUCGGCGCGCUCUGCAUAUGCAUGAGCCAAUAAAGAAAUCAACAAAGGCGAAUUGAAAACUAUUGCAAAUACCCAAACAACUCGGCUCGGACAGCUAACCAGCUGAAUACUCGGAAACAAUAUGCAAAGGCGAAAUGCAGCCAAGCGACUGAGCACAUAUUCAAGGACAAUCGGAUGGCUUGGACCAGGAUGUUUGAGAGUUUUUACAUAUUUUAGCUGUCGCUCUGUCUGUCUGUCUGUGUGCAUAUACAUUUUAUUGUUGUCAACAUUAAAUGAAAAACAAUUUUCAUGACCGUCCAAAUGCAUAAAACAUGCCCAGCACUGCUCGACAAUUUGGCAAAACUUUUCCGCCACAGACCUCCAUAACCAUAACAAUAACAAUAACAACACUUUGGUCAAGCUGCUGAGCUGCCGAGCUGCCGAGCUGCCGAGCUGCCGAUGGGUCCCAUUGCAAAGUUUAUGGCUGCAAAGGCGAGUCCAACUCGGGUCUAACUGAAAAACCAAAAGGGGUCAUGUGGCUCAUUAAACUUUGGCCAACAAUUUUUUGUGCGCCUUUCCGCCGCGUCGCCUCGCC